AUGGGUCGCUUCUCACUGUUCGCUUCAUUGCUAUUAGCGGCCGACGGCGCAUUGGGUGCCAAAUGGAUUGGUGAGGUUAAGAAGGUAGACGGAACUGAGUAUCAGUGCAAGUGCUACUCGGACAAUGCUUGCUGGCCGACGAACAAAGACUGGGAGACACUCAACAAGACCGUAAAUGGUCAAUUACAGCUGGCGAUACCACCAGGUGCUGUAUGUCACAAAAGUCUUGGAAACUCCUCGGUCAGCGUCUACGAUGCGGCGAAGUGUAAAGACACACAAGCGAACUGGCUGAACGAACAGUGGCUGACUGAUCACCCAAUUGCUAACCUCUGGCCAUUCUCCACGAAUAAUACCUGCCUGCCAACGGAUGACCCGUCUUCACCUUGCACUCGCGGUUUCUACGGAAAUUAUGUAAUUCUAGCAAAGACCAAGGAUCAGAUCAAAGCUGGUGUCAACUUCGCAAGAGAGCGCAACCUGCGUUUGAUUAUUCGGAACACGGGCCAUGAUUUCAUGGGUCGCUCCACUGGCUUUGGAUCUCUCAUUAUCAACACACACAGCUUCAAGGACGUCAACUUCGUUCAAAAGUACAACGGACCAGGUAACUGGACGGGCAGUGCAGCCACCGUUGGCGCGGGCGUGCAGGGUCGUGAAUUGUACCGUCAGGCUUUCGCGCAGAGUCCGAAGGUUGUCAUUGUUGGUGGAGAGUGCCCAACUGUUGGAUGGGCAGGUGGAUAUAUCCAGGGUGGCGGGCAUGGUCCGCUCUCUGGCAUCUACGGCAUGGGCGCUGAUAGCGUCCUAUCCUUUGAUGCCAUCACAGCUGAGGGCAAGUACGUCACUGCUAACGCCAAAGAGAACUCUGAUCUCUAUUGGGCUCUAAAGGGUGGCGGUCCUAGCACUUUUGCCGUUGUUACUUCCAUCACCGUCAAGACGUUUCCUGAAAUACCGACUGCUGGCACCAUCCUCAACAUCAAUUCCACUCAUACAAAUGACAGCGCAACCUUUGGCAAGGCUUUCCACAUCUUCCACAAUCUGUCGAACCACUACAGCAACCACGGCAUGUUUGUAUAUUUUGAGCAAGGCCCUGGCCUAGGACGUCUCCACGUUGCCCCAUUCGUCGGACCCAACAUGACUGAGACGCAGCUCCAGGGCGUCUUGAAGCCACUAUACGACCAGCUGAAUGCGGCCAAGAUACCCUACGACGCCUACACCCGGUCUUUUCCGACUUUCUUUGAGUUCUACAUCGAUAUGUUUGAGGACGAACAGCCGAACCAGAACUCAAUCGUUGGAGGACGUCUCUUCUCACAGUCGGACAUUGCUCAGCAUGGCGAUAAGAUCGCUGAUGCCCUCCUUUUUGCGUCUAUGCCUGAGCCAACACAGCUGGGAUUCAACGUUGGUCACAUUGUCAACCCCGGCUACGGGGUACCCAAAGUUGACAAUGCCAUUCACCCUACAUGGCGCAAUGCGAGCAGCUUCGUCAUCAGCAAUGUCAUCAUGAGUGGCACCGAAAGCUGGGCUGUCAGGAAAGACCGCGAGAGCUUCAACACCAACGUCGUCGGCAAGGCGUUGAGGGAUGUCUCUCCUUCUGGUGCUAGCUACGUCAACGAGGGUGAUCUGAACGAGCCAAACUGGCAGCAGGCGUAUUGGGGCUCCAACUACGCGCGACUUCUAAAGAUUCGCAGCAAGUAUGACCCCAACGGCGUCUUCUACACCCAAACCACGCCUGGGACGGAGAACUGGAGUGUGAUCGACUACGGAACGAAGCUGUGCAAGAAGGCGUCUAAAUAAAAUCGUCUUUCUUUUUCUCCUGUAUGCAGAAAGCUUUUGUAUAUACUACAGAAUUUGAUUUGGACAUGUGUGUGUUGUUGUUG